AUAUCUGGUUGGAACAAUCGUUGCGCGAAUCAAUGACUGUAAAAGACCUGGCCAAUGUUGUUUACAAAUGAAAAUAGACUUGUUGGCAAGGUGACACGAUUUGUUGAAUUGCUUAUGUAAUAAGCAUUGUCAAGCAAAUAUACUCUUGAUUGGUUCGAUUUCAUACGAUUCAACUUGCAAGCAACACUGAUCUACAUAGCAAUUACGACGGAGUGAAGAGAAAACUCUCCUGUUGCUAUGUCCAUUGGGUCUCCAGCAAUGACACCUCACGUCGGCCUGGAAGGUCUGUUUGCAGACUAUACCGCAGGGCUGUAGGCAGAAUAACAGGCAAAAAGGAUAAACAACAAUUCAACGACAGUUAUUUAUUUGAUCUGUGUGACAAGAGCGCGAGGAGAGGAGCAUUUCAAGGACUCGCAGUCAUUGACGUAGCGAUAGAAGUUUGUAAUGACCCAAUAUGUCAAGAUUCGUUAACGCAGAGGAACGAAAGAUCACUUUUGGGGAGGGAACAACGAUCAAAGAUGUCCAGGAAGCACUACAGUGCGGAACUAGGUAUGACACGAUCGAGUUCGUCAAAUGCAGUGAACUCCCGGAGGAUGAAUUCCACGAAGUAUUUCCAAUGGUCAACAAGGACUUACAGACUCUUAUUAUUGUCAAAACCCCAUGGAUCAAUGACGAGACAAUGGAGCUGUUCACUGCCUAUUGUCAUAAAAUAAAGAAGUUUCAUAUGAUUGGUCGCCUGUCUAAAAUCACUCGUGUCGGAAUCGAAUCGAUUGGCCGGAAUUGCUCAGAAAUCGAAUCCGUAUCAAUCAUUUUCACCGACGAUGACGACGAUCAAGGAGGCGACUCGAUCAACGAGAAAAAACAUAAAUGGACAUUGGAUAAUCAGAUUUUUCCUGCCCUUAUUAAUAACUCGUCAGCCCGAAUUAAACAUUUUGCUUUGUGUGGAUUUACAUCGAUAACAUUUGACGCCUUGAGGAAAUUUUUAGACCAUCUGAAAAACAGUUUAGUUUCUCUUGAUUUCAGCAAUCUUUCUAUUAUUGAUGACAGUGCCCUUGAGCAAAUUGGUCGCCAAUGUAGGGCGCUGUUGUCUUUCAAGGUGAAUAACUGCCCCAAGAUUUCUCACCAUGGAGUCAUUGCACUCGUAUCGCAAGGACUUAUGCUGCACGAUUUAGAGGUUGCUGGUUCAGAGCACUUGACAGAUGCAGCAACCAACGCUGUAGCCAAUCAUUGCCCGACGCUGAAAUCUAUCAAACUUGACUACGGUAUUAAACUUACUGAAACGUCGCUACGCAUCUUGGCUCAGCACUGUAAGGACCUAGUGCGUAUCAGUAUGCGCGGGACUGGGAUCCGGGUCAUUCCCUUGGAGAUCGCAAAAUUGCCUAAACUCGUUGAAUUGAAUGUUAGCGGGUGCAGGGAACUAAACUUCCCAAGUCCUCAUAUCAUAGAAGAAGGCCUAGACGCCAUUAUAGAAAAUCUUUUAGAAUGCAAUAUUACUAAAAGAGUACGGAUAAUGUUUGUCGGAAGUCAGCAGAGUGGCAAAUCAAGCAUUAUCAUGUCACUACAAUCGCUGACCGGGAAUGUUGCUGAUAGCCAAACGCUUGGUAUCCCUGUGCGAACAUGGCUGCCAUUCAAGGACCGAAAAUCAGGAGUUCCCAAAGCACUGAAGAAGGCAAUAGAGAGGAACUUGACUAUUGAAGAAACUGGCUUAUCUUUGGAGAUUUGGGAUUGCGCAGGACGAAAGGCAUUGCAAGGAAUCCAUCCAUUGUUCAUGGGUCCGCGAUCUUUGUAUGUUGUCUGCUUCAAUGUUGCCAUGCACAGCAGCAUAGAAAAAGUGUACCAAUGGGUUAAUACGAUUCAAGCAAAGAACCCUGGAGCGCCGAUCAUUAUUGUCGCAUCUCACAAAGAUUUGGCUAAAGAUGAAAACACUCUGAAGUCUAUUUGCUCAGGCGUUAUGACUCGCUUAAAGGAGAUGGAAAUUGAAAAUGUUCGUCGAAUCAGACAAAACCUAGAAUCAAUACAGGAUAUGAGCGAGGAGGGUCUGAUCAAAGCCAGAAAGGAUACUUUAAGAAUGAUGUUGGAACAACGACCAAUAAUACAUAAAAAUGUGGUUGCUGUCAGCUCAAUUAACGAACAGGGAAUCGCAGAGCUUCGCAAACUGCUAGUGGAGAAAGCACUGAACACAGAUCUUUUCCCUGCCUAUAACUUGAACAAGGGCUCGGAACAACUUUGUGUCGAGUUGCUGAGGCUGCGGCAGCAGAGCCUCAUUGUACAGACACUGACAGAUUUCAAAAGACGCGCCAAAUAUGUUGGAAUAGAAAACGAGGCUGUUUUGAAGAAAAUCAUGGAGGAUUUGAAUAUGGUGGGUUGUAUUAUGAGUUUCAAUUAUCCACGGCAUCUAACUCCGGAUAACGAACAGAUCAUUUGCAUUGACCCAGCAUCCCUUGCGAACACAAUGGCUGGCAUUUAUCGUAACGAGGACAAUCCUCAGGACUUGGUAAACCUCUUACAGAGAGGUGGUCACGUGGAUACAUUCUGGCCCAAUGCGAAGCCGAACGAUUGGACCUUGCGAGGCGCGUUCACAAACAUCACCCAUAAUGGCAUGAUUAGAGAAACGAUUAUACCAUUGUUGCUUCAUCUCAGUCUUAUACACCAAGGACAAUUAGAUGAAGACCAGGCCAAACUCCUCAUCAAAGUCAUGGAAUGGUUGGUUAUCCUUGUAAGCGGUGCCCCCAACGCCAGCUAUGACGUUGAGCUGAUUCUGACCAACUACAAAAACUUGUCUGUUUACAAAAGAUACUUCAUGCCAUUUCAAGGAAAGCUCCCAGUUAUACCCCAGGUCAAUGCCUGGCUACCUACAUGCCCAGAGACCCAGCUCGAAAUUGGAUGGCGGUUCCGUUUCUUCAAGCCUAUAUCCCAUUCCUUCUUCAUUUCAUUGGUAUCAGCAAGCACAAUGGCACUGAGGUCAAGCGAGACACUUAGCUACUGGCAAUCAGGGGCCUACCUGCGUGUUGGUGACGUUGAUAUAUCCGUUGUCCAGGGAAAGAAUUCAUUGGAUGUUGAUGUGAUGGCUAGGCCUAAGUACGUCAAAGGACACAACAGGCAGGCGUAUAACAUGGGCUGGUGCUUUCUAAGCCGCUAUCUAUAUGUCAUACAGACAAUUCUGUGUACCUACCCUGCUAUUUAUUACGAAGUGUAUGUUUACAAUGUGAAACUCGAUCAGUGGAAAUUGAUGCCACAAGUCGUGGAAGCAUACCUAAGAGGCGAUAUUUCUAAGGAUCUAUCACUGCAGAUGAUCCCUGUACCAACUGAAGAUAAAGCAGGACAAAGAUCGAAAAUUCCUCAGGAUAUUUGUGAUUGGCUGAUGGAUUGCUCUGCUCAUUGUGUGAUUUACAUCAACUAUGACGCUGACCACUAUAACGAGGUUCGCUGUCUUCUCUACCACAUCGAAAGCGCGGGUUAUGUCUGUGUUUGUCAGCACGAAAUUGUUGAGGAUAAAAGAAGCGAGUGCUUUGAUAGAGCUGGACUAAUUUUGCUGCUUCUUACCAACAAGUACCUUGAAGAAAAGAACUUCGACACUGUAAGGUUGGCACUUGAACGUUCGAAAAAAGUUGUUGUGGCUACAUUGGAGAUCGUGCCAGAACUCGAGAAACACGAGUUGUACCCGUUGAUCGAUAAGCUCCCGCGAAUAGACAUAACAGAGGGUACCGGUUUUGGGGCCAAUUACCAAGUUAACAAGCAACAAGCGAAGUCGUUGGUCGAGGCAUGUCAUGUCAGUUUGUUCGAUACUGGGGACCUAGAAGAAAUUACUGAGUCGUAUUACCCGCACGAGGACGACAACAAGUAUCAAGGAAAUCACAGUGGAGGUGGAUACCCACCAAACAAUUUUUCAGACGCACAGAAGAAGCGUUCUGUUCACUUCAAUGAAAUUGGCAGCGUGAACGGUCCGAUGGAUGAGGAAGAAGAAAUCCGCCGCGUUGCUGCGUCAGCUGUUGCCGCGGCAGUCGCCGCUGCAACCGCUGAGCAUGUAGCGAAGCAAGCGAAUCCGACAAUGGGUGCAAAAGCUGCCGCAAUGGCGUCCAAAGUUGGGGCUGCUGUGGCAAAAGGAGACUCGGAUGCCGCCGCAAAGGCAGUUAUUGCGACAGCUCAAGCAGUCGACGAAGUUGUUGCGUUAGCGUCAUCAAGGGCGCCCACUUCAACGCCCCGAUCCACGGGUGGUGCCAACGGUACAAUAGCACCAGCACACGAAGUUCAUUCACCGCCUAAAAGCUCGACAUGUACUAUAUUAUAGCAAUAGAUGACGUUUAAAUAAAGAUAUAUGCAUCAAUCCCGCCGAGGUUGAAGACAGAUCUCAUAUGUUGAUGCGUUUAAACAAUGAAGGAAGAGUGGAUGAGAAAAUCAUGUGAUUAUGGUGUAAUUUUAACACUUAUAUACCUCCACCCCGUUUGUCGCAACCAAUUUUGAUCGCGAUUAUUCCAAUUUUGUUGCUUUUAUACGGGCUAUUUGUUUAUGACAUUCAGUGGCGAAUUCAAUGUCAAAUGCUCUAAAACCACCUCCAUUCCCCCCUUAUCUAGUGUUCAAUGCCCCUUCCCUACUCUACCCCCAUUAGCUAGACUAGUCCACUUUUUUAAGACUCUGGUCUAUUUUCAAGGUAAAGAAUUUGACACAAAAAAUGCCCCCCCCCUCCUCCUCUCUAUCACCAGAUGCCCCCAUCCACGAUGUAUCUGCCUAUAAUACGCCAAUGAUCAGAGAUUUAAAUGCAUUGUGUUAAACAAUGAACUUACUUUGUAUAUUGAAGGGUUUGAAAACUGAUUUCCAUUAAUAGAUAUAGAAAAGUAUGACUACUAACAACAUCGUCAACGUAAGAUCAACGUGCGAAUAAUUUUUGCUAACAGGAUGUACAGUGACAAGCUCUUUAGCGGACGACUCAGUGUCCUCUGUCCUAACGUUCUUUGUAAGAGGCUUCGUCUGCAGAAAUGAAACUAAACAAAAUCGCAAAUUUCUUAUUUUGGAUCUCCGUUAUCUGGUAUCCUUUAUCGGGAGAUGUCCUAAUGGAGAUAUCUUUGUUGGAGGUUUUACUUUUGCAAUGACAAUUGUUGUGGCGCAGACCGGUAGGAAUCCCCCUCCCCACCAACUCAUGUUAAAUGAUACAUUCCGGAUAACAUGUACAUCCAAGAGGCAUUAACAACCAUCCACCGUAAUUUUGAUGACAUUAUGUUCUAGAUUUAGCUGCUGGAAAAAGGUUUAGCCUUCGUUGUCCUUUUUUCUUCGAGACAAUUCUGUUAGUGUCCCAAAACACCUAAGAUGCAGCCAUUGCACUUCCAUUCCUCUUUUUUAUCAGAUCGUGAAUUUUUUGUUUAAAGAUUUCCCUUCUGGGAUGAAACUAUUACUUGAAUUUCAAAUUUAAAAGAUGGAGUUGGAGGAAACAGAAUUCAACGGGGUUAGGUCGUUAUGCAUAGUAGCAGUUUUUCGGUCUUUUUUCAGUAUAUUAAGUCCAAGCAGAAAAUUGCCAGAAACUAUAAUGAAAAAAUCAAUGAAACACCUUUAUGCAUUCAGAUAAGCUUUAAAAAUAUUCGUCUGAUCAGCGCCUGAUAACUUAUUUGAAAGAUUCAGCGGCAAUCGUCAUCUACCCCUAAAAUCAAGGGUACAGCUCCCCCUAAGUCACGGAAAGAAUCCCUCUUCCCCAACCCCCUGAUGCGGCUACCAUAUUUUUCCAUCAUUGGUAGAUAAUGCCUCUUGAUUGAUGAGUUCACUGUAGAUAUGUAAAUGUUGAAGUGUUAAAGUGUAAUUAUGGAUGAUAUGCAGAUAACAAAAGGUCGAAUAAAUCAUAAUAUAAAUUUGUUGUUACUGACCCGGAAUUAAAAAGAAAUGAUUAUUUCAUCU